AUGCAUCUCCGCGACGUUGCGUCUGGCGCUCUCCUGGCCUCCUCGGCCAUGGGAGCCGCCCUCACCACCACCACCGUUGUCAGUCCUGCAAUUGUUGCCACCACGGCCACGGCCGGUGGCACUCACGACUCCUCUGCCGUUCUCCAAUUCAUGAUCGAGAACGGGGACUUGAACUUUCGCGAAGGCCCUCUCGGCCCCUUCCGCCAUCGUGGCGGACAAGUUGAAGAUCCUCACGAUGAGAGCCAUGUCCCUCGCUCCUGCCAUGCUUGCAGAAAACUUGUGCAUACAUCGGACGGUGUGGACCCUUGCGAGCAGAUCUGCCAUCGCUCCAAUUCGACUAGCAGCACGAUGCCCCCCAAGCCUUUUGCUGGAAUUCAUCCACCUGAUUUCGACGAUACGCAGUCGUCUGUCACUCACCCCAUUACCAGACGUGGAGUUAACGGCACUGAAGGGUGCUUGGUCGUCGCUAUUACGGAUGCAGGCCUUUUUCAAGCCAUGGCGGCGGCUUCUACCGUGGCGGCCGUGGAAGAGCGCAACAUCGACGACUCGCUUCCUAUCAGAGUGACCACCACUUUCACCAGGCUGAAGCGCGGUGCUCAGGAGAAGACGGUGACCGGGAAGCCUGCUCUGCAACCACUCGAUAUGACGUGGCCUGCAGACCAAAUGGACUACACGACUUACUGGGGCCGUCUCAUUUCGACUUCGACUUUUUCCAAGAAGAGAAAGAAGACGCAUAGCGAGACCAAGACUUCCACGACUGCUGUGGCCGCACCUACACCUAUCAUCGUCGAUAUGCCUGCGCAAUAG